UAGAGAGAGAGAGAAAGAGGAGAGAGAGAGAGAAGAAAAGGGCAUUUUCAUUGGGAAGGAGAGGAGGGAGAAGGUGAAGGACUCAAAUAUACAUAAGCAAAGAGAGAACAGGUUUUAUAUUUGUAUGUAUUGUAUGUCUGGGUAGUGUAGGGGAAGAUAGGGGGCAAAGUUUCAGCAUUUGGUCUCUCUAUAUCUCAGCAAACACUCCUUUUUUUCUGCCUCCCUUGUCUCCCCACAACUUCCGGCACCUGUCUCCGGUCACCUCGCCGGAUUCUUGCAACCCGGGUCAACUCUACCACCUCCCAUUUCUUCUUCACUCGACCCGUAUCCGCACAAAGUCUUGGGAUUUUUUUCUGUUUCUCUUAUGAGUUUCGAUUGGUUUUGUACCAGUGAGCUGAUCUGAGCUCAAAGGAGAGAUUUUGGCAUCUGGGUCUGGCUUAUUUUUCAAUCUGAUUGCGAGUUCUGGUAGCUCGGAGGAGGAGCUCCAGUGAAGGUUUCUACUUUUGUUGCCGUAGGAGAUGAGUCAGUGACAUUUUCCGGUGUUUUUUUUAAAGUCAAAGUCGCCGGAACGAGCAAUGAAGGCUCCGGCGAACGGUGUUGGCGGUGCCUCUGCGGCAGCUUCUCCUAAUCCAUGCGAAGUAACAGAGAAGAAGAGCAUAAACCCGGAAUUAUGGCAGGCGUGCGCUGGGCCACUGGUGAACUUACCGCCGGCUGGGACCCACGUGGUCUACUUUCCUCAAGGCCACAGUGAACAGGUUGCAGCAUCUAUGAAGAAAGAUGUAGAUGCUCAAAUCCCCAACUACCCAAAUUUGCCAUCCAAGCUAUUGUGCCUUCUUCACAGUGUGACCCUUCAUGCUGACCCAGAAACAGAUGAAGUAUAUGCUCAGAUGACACUCCAACCGGUUCAUACCGUCGAUAAAGAUGCACUGCUGAGGUCUGACCUUGCUCUCAAGACAAAUAAACCCCAACCCGAGUUUUUCUGUAAAACUCUGACAGCAAGUGAUACAAGUACUCAUGGAGGUUUCUCUGUGCCCCGUCGUGCAGCAGAGAAGAUUUUUCCACCUCUUGAUUUCUCGAUGCAACCACCUGCUCAAGAACUUGUUGCCAGGGAUUUGCAUGAUAAUGUUUGGACCUUUCGCCAUAUCUACCGGGGACAACCGAAACGCCACUUGCUUACAACUGGAUGGAGUCUAUUUGUCAGUGGAAAGAGGCUUUUUGCUGGUGACUCUGUUCUAUUUAUCAGGGAUGAAAAGCAACAUCUACUUCUCGGUAUUAGACGAGCCAACAGGCAACCGACGAACCUAUCAUCAUCUGUAUUGUCAAGUGACAGUAUGCAUAUUGGAAUUCUGGCAGCUGCCGCUCACGCUGCAGCCAACAAUAGUCCCUUCACGGUGUUCUACAAUCCUAGGGCUAGUCCAUCAGAAUUUGUUAUUCCUUUAGCCAAGUACUACAAGGCAGUGUGUGGAAACCAAAUAUCACUUGGCAUGCGUUUUCGUAUGAUGUUUGAAACCGAAGAGUCUGGAACAAGAAGGUAUAUGGGUACAAUCACGGGUAUUAGUGAUCUUGAUCCCGCUAGAUGGAAGAAUUCACAAUGGCGUAAUUUGCAGGUCGGUUGGGACGAAUCAACUGCUGGGGAAAGGCGUAAUAGGGUCUCGAUCUGGGAGAUUGAACCUGUUACAGCUCCAUUUUUUAUCUGCCCCCCUCCAUUUUUCAGAUCAAAACGUCCUAGGCAACCGGGAAUGCCAGACGACGAAUCCUCCGACAUAGAUAACUUGUUUAAGAGAACAAUGCCUUGGCUUGGAGAUGAUAUUGGCAUGAAGGACAACCAGGGUUUUCCUGGCUUAAGCUUAGUCCAGUGGAUGAACAUGCAGCACAACCCUGCCUUAGCCAACUCCAUGCAACCAAAUUACAUGCAGCAUUCCUUUCCGGGUUCAGCUAUGCAAAAUCUUCCUGGAGCCGAUAUUACUCGGCAAUUGGGCUUGUCAGCACCUCAAAUAUCUCAGGCAAACAACUUACAGUUCGGUUCCCAAAGGCUACCUCAACAAGCACAACAACACGAUCAACUCCCGAAUUUGCCUUCCACAAUGAACUCUCUAGGAUCCAUUAUGCAAACACAGCCACAACAACAACAAAUGAACGAUGUUACCCGGCAACAAAGACAAGGUAUGGUUAAUCAAACCGUACCUUCAAGUCAAGUUCAAGCACAGAUUAUGCAAUCUCAGAAUCAUGUCCAAACAAGCAAUAUGCUUCAGCAACAAACUUCCAUGCAAAGCAAUCAGCUUCAGAGAAACCUCCCUCAAAAUCCACAGCACCAGCAACAAAUUACAAGCCAGAACCAACAACAAAAUCUAAUGCAGUCUCAACUACCUGAUCAAAUGAACCAGUUACAACAUAUGUCAGACAAUCAGCUCCAUUAUCAGUUGUUACAUAAGCUCCAACAACAACAACAGUCAAUUUUAGCUCAACAGUCAUCACUGCAUCCACCUGCUCAACAUGCUCAAAUCCAGGAUCAGCAGAGGCAAACUUUGGACUCCCAGAGUUUCUCCAGGUCUUCUACUCCCAGCCAAGUAUUGGAGAUGCCACAAAUGGUGACAAACUCGCUCCCUCAACCAAACAUCACACAACAACUGACUCAGAAUAACAUCAAUCAAACCAACACAAGAUUUUCUCAAACACCCCAUCAACCUAAGCUUCAACAUCAGCAACAUGGCAUGUUGUCUGAAAUGCCUGGGAACAUGGGACAUCCCCCAAACUCAAUAACAAAUCAUGUUUCUUCGGGUGGUAACAGUGCAGUGACAGGAGUUGUGGGAGCAGGGCAGUCUGGGAUAACUGAUGAUGUUCCAUCUUGUUCGACAUCUCCUUCUACAAAUAAUUGUUCAAAUGGAGUUCAACCAGUUAUGAACAGUAGGGUUCAUCGAAGUACAGUCAUGGUGGAAGACAUGGCUCAAUCUGCUGCCACUAUCUUGAGUCCUAGUGGCUUGGAAACAAUGUCAUCCAAUGUUAACUUUGUUAAAGAUUUCCACCAAAAGUCUGAAGUUAAGCCUUCAUUAAACAUCCCUAGAAGUCAGAGUCAAGGAAUCUGUACCCCACACACAUACCUAAAUGGAGCUGCCCAAACAGAUUACUUGGAUACAUCAUCUUCAACAACUUCAGUUUGCCUUUCGCAGAAUGAUGUGAAUUUACAGCAGAAUAACAAUCAUUUCACUUUCAAUACGCAGUCAAUGCUUUUUAGAGAAGCUAGUCAAGAUAGGGAGGUUCAGGCGAAUCAAGGAAACAAUGUUUCUUAUGGGAAUAAUACCAUUGAUGGCCAAUUACCGGUGCCUUUGAACCCUGAUGCUUUAUUGACUAAGGAAUUGGUGGGGUUAGGAAAAGAUUUUCCAAAUAAUCUUUCAACCGGAGACCUGCUGAGCAACUAUGAAAAUUCAAAAGAUGCUCAACAGGAACUUUCGUCUUCAAUGGUUUCCCAGUCAUUUGGUGUUCCUGAUAUGACAUUUAACUCAAUUGACUCGACAAUCAAUGAUGGCAGCUUCUUGAACAGGGGGCCGUGGGCACCAGCACAGCAGUUUCAACGAAUGCGAACAUAUACCAAGGUUUACAAACGUGGAGCUGUGGGAAGGUCUAUUGAUAUUACUCGAUAUUCAGGUUAUGAUGAGCUUAAACAAGAUCUUGCUCGUAGAUUUGGUAUCGAGGGACAGUUAGAGGAUAGACAGAGAGUAGGCUGGAAACUAGUGUAUGUGGAUCAUGAAAAGGAUGUUCUUCUGGUUGGAGAUGACCCUUGGCAGGAGUUUGUCAACUGUGUUCGCUGCAUUAAGAUCCUCUCCCCACAAGAAGUCCAGCAAAUGAGCUUGGAUGGAGAUUUCGGAGGCAGCGGUCCACUUCCAAAUCAAGCUUGCAGCAGUUCUGAUGGUGGGAAUGCAUAAAGUUAAGAACUUUCUUCUUUGGAGCGAGACUGGUUCCAUUGGAACCGCUUGUGACCUAUUUCAGCAUGUUGUAAUGCCGCUGAUGGAUCAUACAGUCAUCGGUGUUGCAGGAGCAAACAAAUCAAGAACGAUAAGUUAACAGAUAAAAUAUGUUUUUUCUUUGAAAACACAAGCGAAAGGAGGUGAUUCACAAUCAGAAUGCUCGUCUGACUUGCUGAUUCCAAGGCAAACAAGUUCUAACUAGAGGGAAGUUUCCACCUAGAGCUGGCUAUGGAUUUUUGACUAGUCUUCUUGUUGUACUGUAAAAGGGAAUUAUACUAAUUCUAGUUGUUUUUCUUUCCUUUUUGUCAUUUUUAAAGUUGUCCCACUCAAGUGCAUUGUAGAAAGUAGAAGAGCAUAAAUUUUUUUAAGUGCUAGUUUCGAGUGUAAAUUUGUAGAUUUCUUCAAUGAAAUUAAUUUAUGUUAGCCAAA